AUGGCGGACCGAGGCGGCGGCAAGAGAAGCAGCGGCGGCGGCGUCGCGGUCAGCGGCAGCCUGGACAAGAGCAUCACCCUCCCGCCGGACGAGAUCUUCCGCAACCUGGAGAACGCCAAGCGCUUCGCCAUCGACAUCGGUGGGUCCUUAGCCAAGCUGGCGUAUUAUUCAACAGUGCAACAUAAAGUGGCAAGGGUGCGAUCUUUUGACCAGUCGGGGAAGGACAUAGAACCAGAAUCGCCGUACGAAAUCACGGUCCAGGAGGAGAUAACAGCUCGGCUGCAUUUCAUUAAGUUUGAGAACACCUAUAUCGAAACCUGCCUGGAUUUCAUCAAAGACCACCUUGUCAACACAGAAACAAAAGUGAUCAAAGCCACCGGAGGCGGCGCCUACAAAUUCAAAGACCUCAUUGAGAAGAAGCUGGGACUGAAGUUAGAUAAAGAAGAUGUCAUGACUUGCUUAAUCAAGGGAUGCAACUUUGUGCUCAAGAACAUCCCCAAUGAGGCAUUUGUGUACAUGAAGGAUGCGGAUCCGGAGUUUCGGUUUCAGAUGAACCACCCGCAUAUUUUCCCUUACUUGCUAGUUAAUAUCGGAUCUGGGGUUUCUAUAGUGAAGGUGGAAACAGAGGAUAAGUUUGAAUGGAUUGGAGGCAGUUCCAUUGGAGGUGGCACUUUUUGGGGUCUCGGAGCAUUGCUCACAAAAACAAAGAAGUUCGAUGAGCUUCUGCAGCUUGCUUCGAAGGGACAGCACACCAACGUCGACAUGCUGGUGAAAGAUGUAUACGGUGGGGCCUACCAGACUCUCGGACUCAGUGGAAACCUAAUAGCCAGUAGUUUUGGGAAAUCUGCCACGGCAGACAAAGACUUUUCCAAAGAAGACAUGGCCAAAAGCUUGCUGCAUAUGAUUAGCAAUGACAUUGGACAGCUGGCUUGCCUCUAUGCCAAACUUCACAAUCUGAACAAAAUCUAUUUUGGGGGCUUCUUCAUUCGAGGGCACCCUGUCACCAUGCGCACAAUCACUUACAGUAUUAAUUUCUUCUCCAAGGGGGAAGUUCAGGCCUUGUUCCUGAGACAUGAAGGCUACUUGGGAGCCAUUGGGGCAUUUUUAAAAGGAGCUGAACAAGACAAUCCCAAUCUCUACAGUUGGGGAGAGAACUACGCUGGCAGUUCUGGCCUCAUGAGUACGUCUCCCGAUAUCUGCCCCGUUCAGCGAGAAAGGAGUGGCACAUUUGACAUGUUGGAAAUGGACCGUUUGGAGCGAACGCUUGUGAAUCUUCCCUUGCUGAAGGACCCAUCCACUUAUAUCCCCGACACUGUUGACCUCACAGACGAUGCGAUGGCCAGGAAAUAUUGGCUCUCUUGCUUCGAGGAGGCUUUGGAUGGGGUUGCCAAGCGUGCUGCCGCUAGCCAGCCAGACUCGGUUGAUGUGGCGGAACGAGCGGAAAAGUUCCGGCAGAAGUACUGGCAUAAACUUCAGACGCUCAGGCAACAGCCUUUUGCCUAUGGCACCUUAACAGUUAGAAGUUUGUUGGAUACAAGAGAACACUGUCUGAAUGAAUUCAACUUUCCCGAUCCCUAUUCCAAGGUCAAGCAGAAAGAAAACGGCAUAGCUUUAAAAUGUUACCCGGGUGUAAUCGAAUCUCUGGAUUCAUUAGGUUGGGAGGAGAGGCAGUUUGCCUUGGUGAAAGGACUUCUUGCGGGAAAUGUCUUUGACUGGGGAGCAAAAGCCGUCUCUGACGUCCUUGAAACAGAGCCACAAUUUGGAUUUGAAGAAGCCAAGGAGAAAUUGCAAGAACGCCCCUGGCUUGAAGACUCCUACAAUGAAUGGCUGGAACGGCUCAAGGGCCCUCCUCAUAAAUGUGCCUUAAUUUUUGCAGACAACAGCGGAGUAGACAUCAUUUUAGGCGUCUUCCCUUUUGUCAGGGAACUGCUCUCCAGGGGCACAGAGGUUAUAUUGGCUUGUAAUUCUGGGCCUGCUUUGAAUGAUGUGACCUACAGUGAAUCCUUGCUUGUGACAGAGAGGAUAGCAGCUACAGAUCCAAUCAUACGGUGAGGAUUAGUUUGGUAUG